AUGGCUGCUCGACAACGUCCUAUAUUCCGGCUGCUGCUCAUUGGACUGGUGUUCCACCUGGUAUACAUCGGUACAGUGUUUGACUGUUAUUUCACGAGCCCAGUCGUCUAUGGUAUGCGGAAGUUCAAGCUCAACCAUGGGGAGGCCAAGCGGUUGGUACUCAUCGUCGCGGACGGUCUGCGGGCAGACCUUGCCUUAGCGCAGAAUCCCUUUCCAUCAAUUCCAUCUGCGCCAGAGUUUGCUGCGCCUUACCUUCGCUCCAUCAUCGAGUCGAGAGGCGCGUUCGGCAUCUCGCACACGCAUGUCCCUACGGAGAGUCGGCCUGGACACGUCGCAUUGAUCGGCGGCAUGUACGAGGAUGUGUCUGCGGUAACGAAAGGAUGGAAGACAAAUCCAGUUGACUUCGACUCUGUCUUCAAUCAAUCGAGCCAUACGUUCUCAUUUGGGUCUCCAGACAUCUUGCCCAUGUUUGCGCGGGGCGCGACGCCAGGAAAGGUAGACAUGUGGUGCUAUGAUGAGGAUGAGGAGGACUUCACGAAAGAUGCGACAGCACUAGACGUAUGGGUGCUCGAACACCUGCGGACGUUGUUCCACAACGCUACCGCGGAUCCAAGCCUCGAUGCCACCCUCCAUCAGGGCCAGACCGUGUUCUUCCUCCACCUGCUUGGCCUCGACACUACCGGUCACUCCUACCGACCACAUUCUCCAGAAUACAUGGCUAACAUCCAAGUAGUCGACGAGAUCGUGCACCAAGUGGAGCAACUCUUCAUCGACUUCUACAAAGACUCCGAGACCGCGUUCGUAUUCACCGCCGACCACGGCAUGUCCACCAUCGGGAAUCACGGCGAUGGACACCCUGACAAUACCCGCACCCCGCUCGUCGCGUGGGGCAAAGGCGUACGCGGGCCACUUCCAGACAGCUCGCCUUCCUCGCACGACGACUACUCCGCCCCGUGGCGCCUAGGCCACCUAUUGCGGCGCGACGUCGAGCAGGCCGACGUGGCCGCGCUCAUGGCUGCGCUCGUUGGCGUGCACUGGCCUGUGAACUCUGUUGGUGUCCUGCCGGACGUCGACCCCGCGCGUCCAGGAUACCUGAGUCCCGACGGGGGAGAGCGGACGUUGGCGGAGGCGGCGCUCGUGAAUGCGAGAGUGGUGUUGGAGCAUUAUCGCGUGAAGCAUGAGCUGGAGGAGGCGCAUACACUGAUCUAUAAGCCGUUUCCGUACUUCGCUAGCUCUCCUUCGGACGAUCCUGGAGUCGAACACCUGAGAAGCAUUGAGCUCCUGAUCGACCAAGGAAAAUACACAGACGCGAGAGCCAUAGCGAAGGAGCUCAUACGAGCCACGCUGGACGGCCUGCGGUACCUCGAGACGUACGACCGCACGCUCGUCCGGGGCAUCGUUUUGGCUGCGUACCUCGGCUGGAUCGCCUUCGGCGCAGUGUCCAUAUUCCUGACUCCAGAUACAUCAACGAAUGGGGCACGAAGACAAUCUGUUGUCCUGGAUGCGACUGCGUUGACGUCCUUGGUGACGUUCUGGGCGGCGUUCGCAAAGCAACGUUCUCCCUGGACGUUCUACCUGUACAUCUGCUUUCCGGUCUACUUCUGGCACCAGGCGUUGUUUAGGGCGAAGGACCCGCUCCGACGGUACCUCAGAAACUCGAACAAUUGUGUCUCGGACGUCCUCCGACUGUCGGUCAGAGGACUUGCCGUCGUUCUAGCGCUACAGAGCAUGGUGAUCGGCUACACUCGCCGCGAGGUCUGGAGCGCCGGAUUCCUCGUAAUUGGUGUGCUAUGGCCUGUGCUCUUCACGCCAAAAGGUCUCUGGUCGAAGCAUACGGUGUUGCUGUUUGGGUGGUCCGCUGCGUGCUUGACCACGGCGGUGUUCCCCAUGCUCAGCGUGGAUAAGCAAGAAGAUCUGCGCGCCAUGUCAGUCCAUUUCAUGUGUAUGCUCGCAGCUGGCGUCGUGGCUAUACUCAAAGUGCGGGUGGACCCCAAAGAAGAACUGCGCUUCAAAUUCGCACUUGCAACUCAGUGCCUGUUCAUCGCUGCGAGCCUCCUGGUCACGAUCAGUUCUGCGCGUAGCCUACGCGCAAAGGCGGGUCUGCCCCCACUGAACCAGACGCUCGGCUGGGCGAUCUUCCUGGUCGCAUCUGCGUUCCCCUUUUUCUUCAGGUUCCGAAGUCUCCCUGCUCUCGCACGGCUGAUGAUGUUUUUCCUCGCGUUUUCCGUCUGCUUUGUCAUAUUGUCGAUCAGCGUCGAGGGCCUCUUUUACUUCGCAUUCUCGGCUACGCUCCUCCUAUGGGUAGAGGUGGAGGCUGCUGUGCGGACGACUCAGGUUGCGGUCGAUGGUAAUGAUGACGGUCACACGGUGAAGCUGUCCGCUUACAGGCCGCGGGUGGACGACUUCAGGAUAGCGGUGUUCUUCCUGUUCUUCGUACAGGUGGCGUUCUUCGGCACGGGAAAUGUUGCGUCGAUAUCGUCCUUCUACCUUGAACCUGUUUACCGCCUAGUCCCGGUCUUCAAUCCGUUCUUGAUGGCCGUUCUACUGAUAUACAAGAUCAUCGCACCGUAUAUCAUCUUAGCGAUGUGUCUCCAUCUGCUGAACACUCGCCUGCGUCUGCCUCCUUUCAGUCUUUUCUUGGUUGCGUUGACGCUCACAGAUGUGAUGACGAUGACGUUCUUCUUCAACGUCACCGACACUGGCUCGUGGCUGGAGAUCGGCCAGUCUAUCACGUUCUUCGUCAUCAGCUCCUUGCUGCUCGUCUGGGCAGCGGGUACGUGCGCGGUGGGGGAGCUGCUCAUGGCAGAUAGCGAUAACUCCGAACGGACCACGGGCAAGAUAGACUGA